AGUGUUUGUGGGCAGGAUCCUUCCGUGUCGCGUCUGAGUGACGUCACGUGCCGGAAGGCUGUCGUGGAAGCUUCAGAGUAGUGAUUGCGUUGUAGCGAAGCCGGAGUCGAAAGAAGGUGUGUGACAGAGAAGCUGUGAGGAUGAAGAUCUGUACGCUUCUCCUAUUUUCCUUCCUGGGAUUAGGACUUGCAGUCCCCAUAGAGAGACCCACUCCAAAGAAGGAAGCUGAGCCCCCGCCGCCUCCGGAACAACCAGACACAGGGCUGUACUAUGACCGAUACCUGCGGGAGGUUAUUGAUGUGCUGGAGACAGAUGGCCAUUUCCGGGAGAAGCUGCAAGCAGCAAAUGCUGAUGACAUCAAGAGCGGCAAACUCAGUAAGGAAUUGGAUUUCGUCAGUCACCAUGUCAGGACCAAGCUGGAUGAGCUGAAGCGGCAGGAGGUGUCCAGGCUACGCAUGCUGAUUAAAGCCAAGAUGGAUGCAACAAUGGAAGAAAAUGUCCAGAUUGACCACAUGUCUUUACUGAAGCAGUUUGAGCACCUGGACCCCCAGAAUCAGCACACCUUUGAAGCACGCGAUCUAGAACUCCUGAUUCAGGCAGCCACAAAAGAUCUGGAAAACUACGAUGCUGCUCGCCAUGAGGAAUUCAAACGCUAUGAGAUGAUGAAGGAACACGAGAGGCGAGAAUACCUCAAGUCGCUGGAUGAGGAGAAAAGGAAAAUGGAAGAAGCUCAUUUUGAGGAGAUGAAAAAGAAACACAAAGAGCACCCUAAAGUCAAUGUCCCUGGAAGCAUUGAUCAGUUGAAAGAAGUAUGGGAAGAAACCGAUGGUUUGGAUCCUAAUGAAUUCAACCCUAAGACUUUUUUUAAGUUACAUGAUACAAAUGGAGAUGGCGUCCUGGAUGAACAGGAACUUGAAGCUCUGUUUACCAAGGAGUUAGAGAAAGUGUAUGACCCAAAGAAUGAAGAGGACGACAUGGUGGAGAUGGAAGAAGAGAGGUUGCGUAUGAGAGAGCACGUCAUGAAAAAUGUGGACGCAAAUCAUGAUCGCUUGGUCACUCUCGAUGAGUUCCUAAAAUCUACUGAAAGAAAGGAAUUUAAUGAAGCUGAUGGAUGGGAGACAGUAGAUGAAACACAGGUUUACACAGAAGAGGAGCUGCGCAAAUUUGAGCAGGAGCUUUCUGCCCAGGAAACUGCGUUAAACCAGCGGGCAGAGGAACUUCGCAAAGAACAUGAGCAGUUACAGCAACAGCAGAUAGAGCUGGAUGCUCAGAAGAAGGAAUACCAACAGGCUGUUAUGCAAAUGGAACAGAAAAAAGCCCAACAGACGGGAGCUGAAGCUGCUGCUGGUCCAAACGGGGAGCUGAAGUUUCAGCCUGAAGCACCACACGCAGAAUCAGAACAUGCCAAACCAGUGGAAGAGCAACCCAAACUAGCAGAACAGCAACAGAAAUCAGACGUUCAUCCUGCAGCCCCAGGAGAGGCAGACGGUCACCCAGCCGGACAGAAGGAGCCUGAGGUACCUCACAGCCAAGGACAAGACCAGCAAGCACAUCCUGGUCAGCCAUAGGGGGAAAACCCAAAGAGGACAGUGUGUGGAGGCACAGACCAGGCAAAUCUCUAAGCAGAUAUGCUGAGAAGAUCCUUCUUGCUCGGCCUGCCACCCUCCUGAAACUGAAAGUCAAGGGACGUGCAAUCAACCUCUGGGUGAAUACUGUACAUCAGGGCUAAACACUCACAUGUAAAAAAACAAAAAUAAAGAAAUAAAAGCUAAAACAAAUGUGGGACCAGAGGUCACUUAAACCCAUGUAAAGCACCUUUUGCUAUCAUGGCUUUUUAGUGAUUUGAUGUUUUUGGCACAUGCUGCAAAUCUGGCAUAAAGCUGUGGCUGUUCCCUAAUGUACCAUCUCCUCCGGUACAGCGAGAAUGGCUUAUGUACUAACAUGGUGCAAUGAUUCUCUACUGCAAUAUCUAUGAACCCCCAGAGAACUGCAUUUGAUCAGGGAAAGCCGAUUGGUUAGUAUGUCCGUGUUACUCCAUAAGCUCUACAAUAUGUUCUGUAGUAUUCUUCUAGCAAUCUCAUUAUACUGUAAAUGGGACUGGCCUUUUUAUGACAGAGGCCUUCUGAUAACAGGGAUUUCAGUCUCGGGGCCUCAAGCUGUUGUUAUACUACUACUCCCAGCAUGUCGGCUGCUUUCAGCUGCCAUUAAGGACUGGAAGCGCUAGUUCAACAAUUCCUUUGACGCCUUGAUAUAUGACAUCACUGUUUAUUUUUCUUACACCUUUGAGUAAGUGGUUACUCAAGGUACGCCAUUGUCUCAGUGCUGAUAUCCUCUCUCUCUCUCUCGCUCGCUCUCUUUCUCUCUCGCUCUCACAGGAGCUGUAUUUAGGAAGAGGAGAUGGUACAUGGGUUAAGGUUUUUGUUACCCUUUAAUUUGUUCCUCCCUUCUGUACUACUUUGUUGUUUUUAAAAUCCCCAAGUGUUGUUUUAAAGUGUAUUAAAGGGAAAUCGUAUUGAAAAUUGA